AUGGCCGUCCAAGCAGCCACCGCCGCCGAGGCGCGAACGCAGCUUGCCUACCAGAACAGAUGGAAGUCACUGGCAAACAACCCCAAGAUUCUCGUCAUUGCCCUUUUUGCUUCCUUUGGAGGUUUCGAGUAUGGAUACCAGCAGGGUGUCCUCGGACAAUCCCUCGUCAUGACGCGCUUCAAGGACAACUUCCCUUCCGUUGUCAACUCGUCCAGCGCCACGGGUUGGUUGACUUCCAUCCUCCAGCUCGGUGGUAUCCUGGGUUCCGUCAGCGCCGGUGUCUUUGGCGAGGUCUUCUCCCGCAAGUACACCAUGUUCUCCGCCUGCCUCUGGGUCGUCCUGGGAAGUUACCUCUAUACCGGCGCAAGCUACCACAAGCCCGAGCUCCUUUACGCCGGCCGUUUCUUCACCGGUCUUGGUGUUGGCACCUUUAGCGGUGUCGGUCCCCUGUACAACGCCGAGCUCGCCGCCCCCGAAAUGCGAGGCUUCAUCGUCUCCUUUUACCAAUUCGCAACCAUUCUCGGAAUCAUGCUUUCCUUCUGGAUCGGAUACGGCAGCAACUACAUCGGCGGCAUCGGCGAAGGCCAAUCUGACCUCGCCUGGAGACUCCCCUCCUACAUCCAGGGUGUCCCCGCCGCCCUCCUCGCCCUAGGCAUCUGGUGGCUACCCUUCUCCCCCCGCUGGCUCGUCAAGCAGGGUCGCGACGAGGAGGCCGUCAAGACCAUCGCCUACCUCCGCAAGCUUCCCGAGGACAGCGAGCUCGUCCAGGUUGAGUUCAAGGAGAUCAAGGCCGAGGCCCUCUUUGAGCAGCGUUCCUUCCAGAAGGCGUUCCCCCAGUUGGCUGAGAAGGAGAAGACGAGCGUUUGGAUGCGUGAGGUUGCGCAGUACUGGCGUAUUCUCCGCUCCUGGGACCACUUCAAGCGUGUUGCGUAUGCUUGGCUAGUCAUGUUCUGGCAACAGUGGUCUGGUAUCGACGCCAUCAUCUACUACGCCAGCAACGUCUUCCAGAGCCUCGGUCUCACCGGCGGCACGACUGCUCUCUUGGCCACUGGUGUCACCGGUGUUGUCUUCUUCAUCAGCACCCUCCCCGCCAUGGCCAUCAUCGACAAGGUCGGCAGAAAGCCCAUCCUGAUUGUUGGCUCCAUCGUCAUGUUGAUCUCCAUGGUUAUCCCCGGCAUCAUUGUUGCCAAGUUCAGCCACGACUGGCCGGGCCAUCCUGUUGAGGGAUGGGUUGCCGUCGCCUUCAUCUGGAUUUACAUUGCCGGUUUCGGAGCUUCGUGGGGUCCCGUCUCAUGGACCCUUGUUUCCGAGAUCUUCCCCCUCUCCAUCCGUGCCAAGGGUGCUUCCAUCGGCGCAUCAAGCAACUGGCUCAACAACUUCGCCGUCGCCUUCUACGUUCCCUCCAUGCUCGAGAGCUGGAAGUGGGGAACCUACAUCUUCUUCGCCGUCUUCCUUGGCGCCAGCAUCAUCUGGGUGCACUUCGCCCUGCCCGAGACCAAGGGCGCCACCCUCGAGGAGAUGGACCGUGUCUUUGGCAGCAACGCGGGUGCCGAGGACAGCGUUUUGCUCGAGCAGGCUAGACGGGACGUCGGCCUGACUGAGGACUUGGAGGACAGCGCUAUCCACGCGGAGAAGAAGGGGCUACACGAGUCUCACCACGAGUCUGCUUAG